AACAUAUGCUGGUGUAUCUGCUAGAGACUGGAGCACUAACCAUACAGACACUGUACGCCGGGGCAGCUGCUUUCGAAAGUUACGGCUUUAGACAGAUUGUAUCUAAGCUCAUCUAGAUAACUUAAAUUUACGUGUUUUGAAUCUACUUUAUUUACUGAAAUCACCAUGGCAGAAAAAAUAGCUAUUGAGGACGAAUUGAAGGCUUCCAACGGCGCCGCGCAUCUUGACGAACAAAAUUCGGCAAUGGCAAACGGGCUCACCGACCAUAAAAAGAACAGUGCCCCGGAGCCACUCUCUCAAAAAUUGAAAAGAAUCGCAAUGGCCAAUUUACUGGUAAUUUUGACUGUGGCCGGAGUAAUAAUUGGCGUAUUUAUCGGACUUGGGGUGCGUAACGCAGAACUUAGUAAGGUACAGAUUAUAUAUUUCGGCUUCCCCGGCGAGCUGCUUAUACGCCUGCUUAAAAUGAUCAUCAUUCCUUUGGUUGUAUGCAGUCUUGUUUCUGGAGCGGCCAGCAUUGAUCCAAAAGCCCUGGGAAAGUUGGGCGGUUGGGCGAUGCUCUUCUUUUUAGUGACAACUUUAAUUGCAUCAGCCAUCGGGGUGAUAAUGGCGUUCAUCAUUAAACCAGGUGUCCUGUCCACUUCAAAGCCCUUUGUCGCGGGAGCCAGCGAUGGGGUCCCACAGGCCAAAGAAGUGAUUGACUCCUUUUUGGACUUAGUAAGAAACAUUUUCCCCUCCAACUUGGUGGCCUCUGCAUUCCAGUCGUACUCCACCAGCUAUGAAAUUGUGAAGGUGGAGAAGAAUGUGACAGGCGAGGCGGGCGAUGAGACGAUAACCUCUGUGAUGAAGCUUCCUGUCGGAAAGGACGUGGACGGGAUGAACAUCCUGGGCCUGGUGGUGUUCGCCAUCGUGUUCGGCGUGGCCUUGAGGAAGCUGGGCGAGGAGGGCGAGAUUCUCAUCAAGUUCUUCAACUCCUUCAACGAGGCCACCAUGGUGCUGGUCUCCUGGAUCAUGUGGUACGCCCCUCUGGGUAUCAUGUUCCUGGUGGCGGCUAAGAUCGUGGAGAUGGAGAACGUGGCCACGCUGUUCGCCGGCCUGGGGAAGUACAUCGCCUGCUGCGUGAUCGGCCACUUGGUGCACGGCCUGCUGGUCCUGCCCUUCAUCUACUUCAUCAUCACACGCAAGAACCCCUACACCUUCCUCCUGGGCCUGGUCACUGCCCUGGCCACCGCCUUCGGGACUUCCUCCAGCUCGGCCACGCUGCCCCUGAUGAUGAAGUGCGUGGAGGAGAAGAACGGCGUGUCCAAGCACAUCAGCCGCUUCAUCCUGCCCAUCGGCGCCACCGUCAACAUGGACGGCGCCGCGCUCUUCCAGUGUGUGGCCGCCGUCUUCAUCGCCCAGCUCAACAGCUAUUCGCUCAACUUCAUCCAGGUCAUCACCAUCCUAGUGACAGCUACAGCGUCCAGUGUGGGAGCGGCAGGGAUCCCUGCAGGGGGCGUGCUCACUCUGGCCAUCAUCCUGGAGGCGGUGGGUCUGCCCACCAACGACAUCUCCCUCAUCCUUGCUGUGGAUUGGCUCGUUGACCGCACCUGCACAGUCAUCAACGUGGAGGGUGACGCCUUCGGGGCGGGGCUGCUGCAGUACUUUGUUGACCGCACCGCCAAGAGCGAGGAGGGGGCGGAGCUGAGCGAGGUCAGGCUGGAGGAGCCCCCCCAGGAGGGCUCGCCCCUCAUGGCCAAGAGCAGGGAGGAUCUGGAGGACGGGGCUCCGCUGGCUGCGGCUCGGCCCAGCGAGAAGGAGUCAGUCAUGUAGGAGGAAAGGCGCUAUAUAAUCACUGCUCCUCCCCCCCCCCCCGCCACUUCAUCUCUUCUCUGUUUGUAAGGACAUACUGAUAUUGGGGAGAGGGACUCCCCCUCUCCUGACUUUUUCCAACCAAAAUCGCAAUGGAGCCUGAGAUGGGGGGGCAAGAGAGGGAGGGGUGGGGGUGGGCUUUGGGGUGGGGUGGGGUGGGGGGGGGGAGGAGGGCAAGGAAUGUGUACUGUUCUAUUUUUUUAACUGUCAAUAUUUAUUAGUCGCCAGUAAUGUGGUAUGGAAUCUCUCACCUCUACCGCAAGGUACCUUUCUUCCUUUUAAAGAGGUGGACCCUGUCUUUAGUCAUUCUCUAUCCCGGUCUCGGACUUUAAAUCUCGCCAGAGAGGCAAGGUCUGGCACCUUGUACAUACGUCUCUGCAGCUUUUAGAGGAAUACUCAUCUUACUUCACUACAGCAAACGUUCUUCCGUUAUCAUCAUAUGGGUUACUCCUACACCUUCGAAAAGAGUCCAGAGCAAUCUCUAUAGGGUUGAUGUGUUUCAACCUAGAUUUUUUUGGGGUAGCUGCUAAUUGAACUGUAUCCGGACAUAGCUAUACACUACUGAGGCAGUACGUGGCAUUGUUGAAUUCGGUUUUCCUCACAACUGCAAUUGGACUCUGGAAGUGUAGCACUUCAGCUGCUGGUGAUUAACUGACAUUCAACUGGUCUGUGACGCAGAAGAAUAGCACAAGUUGGAGACGGCCAACUGGACCUGUGGCCUAAUCACCUUCUCGAGGACACUGUUUGCAGAAGUCGUUCCCAGCGUUUGGAAAAGCCUCCGCUCUCACAAAUCCUCACGUGUCUCCCGCAUGUACUCAGUAUGCCACCUGUCCCCUUGUACAGCAAGGAAAAACUACAUCUACGUGGCUGAGGGGGUCCUGGCAACGUGUGUUGUUGUGACAUCAGCCCGUGGGUUUGGUUGCCAUAGGUAUACCUGUCAAAAUGCGGCUGUUAAGUGGUGUGUAUAUUAGUGUCUGUGACAUUUUUAUAUUGGCUUUUAAAGGUGGGUCUGGCGCCCGUUCUUCUUCCGGCUGACGCUCAAUAUGCCUGCAACGUUGCCAAGAUGUUGCAACAGCGUUGCAGCAAUGUUCUGCGUCAGUUGGGCAGCGCUACUGAGCUAUGACUUGCGACUUGAGAAUAAGCGAGAUCUCAGAGUGAAAUGGGCGGGCCACUAUGAAGAGGACGAGCAAGCUCAUUGGACGAGAUACCGACCAAUCAGAUGACCGACACGGAGAUGACCCGAUGACCUUUAGGCAGAAGUCCAUAUGUACCUCUGCGGGUUCCAUUCUAGGAUUUCUGGCUGAAAGCCAUAUAUAGGGGAUUAGCAUACUAUUUAUUUUAUUACAUUAUUUACUGUCAGUGGUCUUACCAAUGUUAGCCUAGAUCACACAGGCAAGACCAGACCUUCAGGCCAUCGUUUCAACAAAAAUGAACUCAAUGUAAGUGUCAUAAUUUGUGGCAAGGAUGGAAGUUUUGAAUCAGAGCCAAUCAGACUCUGCUAUGAAAAAACAGCCACGUUCCCAUGUGAAUUCAGAUUUAUGCUGUAUUAUGUCAGUGUCUAUCUUUGGGCUACUUGGCCAAUGCGAACAUGCCUGGCGUGUGUAAAAAUGAACGCACGCUGACUGUGUGAAAAUGCUUGAAGGAGAGUUCGGAGGAGAAGCACAUUAAGAUGGAGGCAGAUGUUUGCUAUUUGCACAAGUCAUACUCGUGCCUGGGCAUGCAUUGAAGGGCCUGAACUAUUCCCUAGUGCAAAUGAUUAAUUUACUCUUUAAUGAUCUAAUUAUAAUAGACCUUGCUCAAAUCACAUUAUCGCUUUACCUGAUGGUCUUGGUGGCUGUUUGAUGAUUGUUUCAGGCUACCUUAGGUCAUGGCAGUCUUCUGUUGGAAAAGUAGCUAAUGAAGCUGCCAUGCCACGCCCAGCCCUUAAACUAAAACUAGAGGGCAGCAACCAUUCCGUUGUGGGGAGGAAGUGACCCUCGUCACCUGACCUGGGACAUGGCCUCUCAUCACCUUAUGUCACAUUGCAGGGGUAACGUGUACUGCCCAUUCCAGUCACGCUCCCAUUAAUUACUUGCAGAGUGGAAUAUCUGAAAUUUACCCACAGGUGUGCAUACCCUCGACACAAUGGAAUCUUCAGCACAUCAGUUGUCUGUCCCUAAAAGGAUAGAAUUUUAAAAAUGUUUUAAAAGUCCUAUUUUUUUUUCAUUAGGCUCCUUUCAAAUUCAGCUGUGUGUGGUUUUGUUGUGCUUACUUGUCUCUUGGUAGCUUUUUUUUAUAUUGGCCUGUGUAUUUGUCUAAUGCUGUGCUCAGAUAACCUUCUGUUUGUUCUGGCUGACCGUGCUGUGCGUAUGUGUGUGUGUGUGUCUGUAUAUGCGUGUGUGCCACACGACGUUGGGGUGUGCUGUGUCUGUUCUGUCAGCGCAUUAUUGUCCAUUCCCUCUUUAAAGACACGGCCCCGUUUUUACACUUGAACACGGAGGGGAUCUCACGUUUCAGAAGGAGCUCUGCCAGCGGUCCUGGCAUUCCCUGCGGCGACCUUGUGCAGUCUACACGGCGGAGGAGCACGGUUAAUCUUGUAUCGUAUCUGUUACUCUGCAUCUGUGUGUGUGCGCGUGCGUGCGUGUGUGCACGUCUGUGUACGUGUGUGCGCGCAAGUGUCCACUCGUACAUUUUCUCUUUAUGGUUUGAAGCCCGGCGGAGUCAAAAUCAUGAUCAUUUCGCGUCCAUGCUUUCCAAGGCUCGGGUUCCUUGGUUGAGGGCAGCGGAUGGUGUCUCGCACAGGCUAGCAGCAAUUCUGUUUACGAAAGAUUCAGAAGUUUCACUGGAGCAAGCGCUGCCCUCCUGCCGAACACUGUUCUGUUCUCAUAGGAGACUGUCAUGAAUUCUGUUAAGGGAAGUGAAUGGCGGUGUGCAAGUGAACAUUUCAGCAAUGUGCGUUGAGCCUGUUAUUCCUGUUUCUUUGACGACGCGUCUGUAAACCUGCGCUGUUGCUUCCCUUGAGGGAGUGCUGUUGUCAUGACAACACGAGAACGUCACAACCAGGGCCAAAGAGGACACACGGACUGAACAGCCUCCAAACGCGCACUCUUUACUGGCUGUAGAAUAAAAAUCUUUUUAUUAUUUA